AAGGAGCUGGAUGGAGCAGCCGGGAAGCCGCCAUCUUAUUAAAGGGAAAGAGCGAGUCUCCCCAGACCACCCCGUGUGCCGCCUGCGAGAGGAGAUGCCGACCAGCUGCGCGGCGGCGGGGUGCGCCGCCGUCUACAACAAGAGCGUCAACGUCAGCUUCCACCGAUUUCCCUUGGAUCCCAAGAGAAGAAAGGAAUGGAUACGUCUUGUAAAACGCAAUAAUUUUGUGCCGGGCAAACACACUUUUCUUUGCUCAAAGCAUUUUGAAUCCUCCUGUUUUGACCUAACUGGACAAACUAGACGACUUAGAAUGGAUGCUGUUCCUACAAUUUUUGAUUUCCCGGCUCAUCUAAAACUCAGGAAACCUAUGUCAAGAAAUCUUCUGAAGAAGAAAGAUGCUUAUACCCCAGAAGGGGUAUCUAACUUCAAAACAAACAUUAGCUGUAGACAAGUACAACUGGAACACAGUUAUGCUUUCAGAAGCCCCAUGGAAGCCAAGAAAAGGAUAAUUAAGUUAGAAAAGGAGAUAGCAAGCUUGAGAAGAAGAAUGAAGAACUGCAUUCAAAAAGAACAUAGAGCCACACAAAGAUGGAUAGAAAUGACUUGCCUCAUCAAAAACUUGGAAACAAAUAAUAUUUUGCCAGGAGUUGCAUUGGACCACAUUUUACCAAAUGCCUUAAGAAACCUUCCCUUGGAAGAUUUCAAAAAUAUUUUACAGGAACAGCAAGAUCAUCUAUAACAGCUUUGCCAAUUUUAAAACUAGAUUUCAAAAUUUAAAUUUAUACUGAAUAUAAUGCCAAAAAAAUGUAUCCAGCUUAUUAUGUUUUUCUAAGACAUUCUUGUGGUGGUGAGGGACAACACUGGUUCUUAUAGCUGCUUAAUUAAUUGCAAAUACCCAUCUAUUACUAAUGAAAACUUUACCACAAGUUUUUUAAUUGUGAUAGUAAGUUUUCAAUCAGUUAAUAAGAAUGCCUUAUGCAAGAACUAGUUCUGUGAAUUAAUCAUCUUUCAUUUUUAAAUAAUUGAGGAUUGUGUUUUGGUUGAUGUUGAUUGGUUGGUCUAUUUUUGUAGAACAUCUGAGUAAUUGAAAUGGACCAAUUUUUGAUGGAACACACACUCUAUUCAGGUAUUGUCCAUCUCGGAUGUUUCAUACAGGUAUAUACUACAGGCAUUUUGCUGUACCUUUAUUAAGGCAAGUGCUUUUUAAGUAAAGGAUAUAAAAAGUAGUACUUCAGAAGUGGCUAAGAAGUAGACCCUACCUGUACUCUUCAGCUGUUUUCAAAUUUUAAGCUAGUUCAAUAUAUAAAUAAAUUUAUAUCUUGCCUUUUAUGAAGGAGGAGCAUGUUAGCUGGGGGCGGGAGGUUGUGUGUUUCUCUCCCCACCUCCCUUCCUUUUUUCACCAAUUAGAAGAUGGCAGUUGUCACAUGAAGAAAAGGGAACUUAGUUAUUCUCUUCAAAAUAUCCUAUGCUAAUAGUGCUUACCCUUUUUUUUUCUUUUUUGGCACAUAACUGCUUGUAUUGCUCAGAAGCAAAGUUUUGUUUUUAAUUCUACUUGGUGAGUAUCUCUCAUUCUUUCCUUUGAACACUGAGUCACAAAAAUAGUUGAUUUUAAAAAGCUUGCCUCAACCUACUUUUUGAGGUAGAUUAAUACUCUAAAAAUAGUGGUACAAAUUUAUUCAAAUCACAGCUUCAAAUGCUGAUUAUGUAAAUCACGACAAAUUUAGUAUUUUACAGAUCUUAAUAAGGACUCUCUUUAUCAGUGGUGUGAACAGUGGAAUAACGUCUCAAUCUUGAUAAUGUUUGGGUGUCAAAUUCCAAUAAAGACAAGACUUGUUUGUCAAAUUGGAUAAUUUAAUAGUAGCAGAUCUUCCAUACAUCAGAAAAGGAGAUAAAUGUAAAGAUAACUAAUGUAUAAAGCAGAUUAUCAUUAGAUACAUCUUAACUUGUGGUAAUACCAAGGGCCCCCGUCAUGGGGCAGGAUUAUGUUGUGCUUGGUAUUUGUAUAAACACACACGCAUACUGUUCACACCCCAAUGAGUCUAACUCUAACUAUAAGACAAGAGGCCAAAGGUGGAUACAGACAGACAGAGCUCAAGGAAACAGCGACUUAAUAUUGGUUGGCAUGAUAGGCUGUGGUCUUGGCAUGCCAGCUACUUAACUGUAAAGUUUUUUGCAGUAUUCCCUGGAGGUCAGUCUCUUUGCAUGAGCUUUUGAAGAAAGGACUUGAUGACUAAUGUUUAUAGGGGACUGAAAUUUUGGUGGGAAAAGUACCUUUUAAUUUGGUUUCUUUGGGGGCAGAGUUUUCUGGAGAGUUGCAGCUGGCUUUAGUUGUAUCUCUUUAAAGUCCAAGAUUACUGUAUUUUUAUGUUCUAAAUCUAAACAUAGACUUACCUAAAGUUUCUUUUACGUCUAGAUUUGUUUUGAGAUACGCGAACACAGGACAUAAAAUGAUUGUAUCACUUCUAACACAUCCUUUAUCCACUCUAAAUAUGUGUAGAUAGUAACUUCCAAUGGGAAACAGAGCACAAGUACUAUGGUGACUCACUCUAAACACCUAGAAUAAAAUGUACUAAACUUUUGAAAAUGGAGAAACCUAUGCAGGGCAAACCAGGACUUCUUUGACUCCUGACAGCUUCAGCUUGCACCAGAUUGUGGUGGCAAGCCUGCUUUACUGAGCUGAAAAGUGACGAUCACCUCAUCAUGCUGGGGAUUCAUACAAAGUGGAACUUGUGAUCCAAGUUGGGCCCAGAGUUCAUGGGACUUGAAUAGUACUUCAGAAUUAAAUGCAAUAUAUUGCAGGCUUUCCCAUCCUAUUAAUCUGAUACUGAUUACCAGGUUGUUCCCAUCUCUGUUCAUUCUCUCCUUUAUUACUUUAUUUUCCAUAAAUGGGAAGUAGGUUGAGGUUCUCAAGAAGUCCCCAGGAAACACUUUUUUUUUUUCUCCAUUUUCUAUUAUUUUAAUAGGGUUUGUUCCCCUGUAUUUCAGACUUGUUAUGCAGUUACUGAAAUCAAAUUUAGACUAUUACAUCCUGUUAAUGAUUGAUAACUUUCUCUGAAGUCUGCUCUUAGAUAUAUCUUUAUUGGUAUCUAUGGGAGCAUAAUUUGGAGGAUUCAGGGUUGGGCUGUGUGAAAUGUUUGCACACAAAUUCAAAACUUAUGCAACACCUUAUUGGAAAUCAGUUUUCUUACAAAACUGAAACUUAGGUUUGUCCAAGGGUUUCAGUGAAGCGUGUGUGUUUUAAGUAAAAGUUGUAGAUGACUGAGUUAAUUCAAAAGUUAUGCUUGGAGGUGUGAAUCUAUGUCUAAUGCAAUGGUUUGCACAAACCCGCACAAAGGGAAACCCCUGAGAUUUGGAGAGCUUUAGAUCCAGCUCUCUGGGAAAAGUAGCCCUACCUUUAAAGUUUUUUCUCUUCCCUUUGGCAGGAUGGUUUUUAACUUUUACUAUAAAUAAGCCCUGAAACUAAAUAUUACUCCAAGAAAAAUAUAAAAAUAGGAAGCCGAGCUAGUUCACCUGACCUUUUUAGAGUUGUGACCCAGAGUCAUGUGAUUUUAUUGGACUUGGGCUUUGUACUGAAUUACUAUUUGAGUGUUAAUUUAUUUUUUUGUGAUAAUUGCAGAAUGUAUACUUUGGACACACUACACUUUUGUUCAUAUUUCCUUUUUAAUAUUUAGCCCUUUACCUUUUAUUAUAGGUCUCUACCUUCUCCUUUUCCAGUCACUUCUACCAAAGAAGGUUUUUGUCUUCACCUCAAUUUAUUGAUGGGUUCUGGAGCAGGUUAUGUCCUAACAAAGGCAAUACUCGUUAGUCUGUUUUCCAAAAAUGUCAUGGAGACUUAUAAACCAAAUGCUUAUUUUGUAUUAGUUUUUGAACAGAGUAUAGGUUUUAUUUGAAAUCCAGCUUAUUGCAUAAUUAAUCAUUAAACACCAUGCUAUGUAACAGGUGACCUUAAAUCUUGUAUGAUCAUUUUGACAAAGUGCUUAUGUUUUUCAUAACUAUUGUGCUAGUUUCAAAUAAAAAUGUCACUUUUCA